AUGGAGAUGCCACGCCGAGACAUCGACCACGUCAGACUACCCAUGCUUCUGCAUGACCGUCGCCGUAGCCGCAACACAAGGGAACGAAUCAGAUGGAUAAAAUCUGAGGAGCAAAAGUAUGAACCUGAGCUUAUCAAGAAGAUUGUUAAGGAAGCCUCUGCUAAAUUGCCUCCAAUCCCUCUACCAAUCAAACACAUAGUUGGACUUGAUUCCCGCUUUGAACAGGAAGUGGAACCACAUUUAGAUACCAAGUCUCUUGAUACCGUUUGCAUGCUGGAAAUUUAUGGAGCUGGUGGAAUAGGCAAGACCACAUUUGCCUUGAAUAUCUAUAACAAGAUCAGACAUCAAUUUGAAGCUUCAAGUUUUCUUGCUGAUGUCAGAGAAAAAUCUAGCAAAAGAAAAGGCCUUGAAGAUCUUCAAAAGACCCUUAUGUCAGAGAUGGGUGAGGAGACAGAAGCAAUGAUGGGGAGCACUUUUAACGGAGAUUUUGAAAUCAAACGCAAGCUUAGCAACAAAAGGGUUCUUCUAGUUCUGGAUGAUGUUGAUAAAAUAGAACAAUUGGAAGCACUAGCUGGAGGAGGUGAUUGGUUUGGUUCUGGUAGCAGGAUCAUCAUAACAACAAGAGAUACAACAAUGGUGGAUAAGCAUAAGAUGGAUGGUGUUGACAUGAAAAAAUAUAAAAUGGGUGAGUUAAAUGGUGAUGACUCUCUUGAACUCUUUUGUUUGCAUGCCUUUAACUAG